UUUCAACAUUCUUAUUAGGUUAUUUUUCUCUCAAAAUUUUCAUUUUUCAACUCUGUAUUCAGCUUAAAAAUUUGUUGAAAGAAUGGCAGUGGAGACUCAAAAUAUUGCUAGGUUACUAAAUCCAUUGGCAUUUCAUAUACAGAAAUUGGGUCUUGAACUCAAAUGCCCCCUUUGCUUAAACUUGCUGACAAAACCUACAUUGCUUCCUUGUGACCAUAUUUUCUGCAACUUUUGUGUUCCAAGAUCAACCCAAGUUCAAUGUGAAUGCCCUGUAUGCAAACAUCAAUAUGUUGAUCAAGAAAUAAGGGCAGUGCCUCAUAUGGAGAGUAUGAUAGCCAUAUUCAGAAGCUUAGAUGCUACUUUCAAUGCUAAAGUCUUUCAGUUGCAAUCUCCCGAUGCUGGAAGAUCACUAGAGCAGUCUCCCGUUUCUGUUAACGCUGAUGACAAAUCAAGAAAUGAGCGAUCUGUCAAAGCCAUAGUAAGCAGCAAUGAUCCAAACAAGGAAAUUAAUAGGCACAAUGGACAUGGAAUGCCUUGGAAUGUUGUGAAUCAUUUGAGUCACUUUCCUUCUUCUGACAUGAAGGCAGACUUUAAAAGUGCAGAGGAAAUAGAUUUGAAUCAAUUGCAACAGCAGUCACCCGGCAGCUCUCAUUCAUCCGAUAACAACAAAGAGAUAGUUAAAGAGAUCAGUGAACUGAGAGUAAGAAAUACUGAUAUAAAAAGUCAUACUGCAAAGAGGCCUGUAGAAGGUAGCUCAGAUGUGGUUCCAUUUCUCAAAAAAGAAGAUAGCUCAGAUGUGGUUGAAGAAAGGGAUGUGAAGAGGCAAAAGAAACUAAACUAUGGAUUGCCAGAGAUGGCCUUGCAGAGUUAUGAUCAUAAUCACCAAAGAGAAAUUAUUGCUAACUCCGACCGCAACUUGAUAUGUAAAUGGAGUGAAUCUUCUUUUGUUGCUCAUCCAAAAGAAGUUUCAGAUCAACAUCUUUUGGAAGGAAGUGUUUGUGCUUUCUGCCACAAAUCUAAGAUAACAGAGGGAACUGGACCAAUGCUGCACUAUGCAAAUGGAAGGGAGGUGGUGGGAGAUGCUACUUCACUUUUAAAACCAUUACCUGUGCAUAUGAAAUGUAUUGACUGGGCACCUCAAGUAUAUUAUGAUGGAGAGAUCAUAAAAAAUUUGGAGGCUGAAUUGGCAAGAGCUUCAAAACUCAAGUGUAGUGGCUGUGGCCUAAAGGGUGCAGCACUUGGCUGCCUCGUAAAGUCUUGCCGGAGAAGUUAUCAUUUGCCCUGUGCAUAUGAAAUUCAGGAUUGCCGUUGGGAUUGUGACAACUUUGUAAUGUUGUGCCCGAGUCAUAAAUCUGUUAAAUUUCCAAGUGAAAAGUCAAAGUCUAAGAAGCGUGCCAGUGUUGAAGCAUGUCCAGAACCGGCUCCCAUAACAUCUGAGCGAUUGAAUUUUUGGGCAACAUCGUCAAAUGGACCCAAAGAAUGGGUUCUAUGCGGAUCUGCUCUAUCGUCAGAAGAGAAGUAUAUGUUGGUCAAGUUUGCUAAUAUGUGCGGUGCAACUGUAUGCAAGUCUUGGAACCCAAGUGUCACUCAUGUCAUUGCAGCAACAGAUGAAAAGGGUGCAUGCACCAGAACACUGAAGGUUCUCAUGGCAAUUUUGCGUGGAAAAUGGAUCCUAACAAUUGAUUGGAUAAAAGCCUCCAUUCAAGAAAAUUGUCAUGUGAAUGAAGAACCUUAUGAAGUUAGCCUGGACAAUCAUGGCUGUUUUGGGGGUCCCAAAGCUGGUAGACUUAGAGCUUCAUCAAGUGCACCUAAGCUCUUUGAUGGUAUCAAGUUUUAUCUGAGUGGAGAUUACGUCCCAGCUUACAAAGAUGACCUGUUAGAUCUAAUUGAAAAGGCCGGAGGUUCCAUUAUUCACACUAAGGAACAGUUGAUAUGCCAGACCGGUGCUACGCAAGCAACUAACUCAGCUUGUCUAGUUGUUUAUAACAGCGAUCCUCCACGCAGUUGUGCAUUUGGGGAAGAAAGCAACAUUUUGCUGCAACGAAAAGCUAAGGCUGAAGAGCUGGCUAAACAAAUCAGUUGUCAGGUCAUUCAACAUACAUGGAUUCUGGAGUCUAUUGCUACGUGUAAAUUGGUGCCUUUCUGCUGAUCAACGGAUAACUGAAAGGUUUACUGAUAUAUUAGGAAUGAUCCUGCUACUUAACUUUAUUCAUUUGAUAGAUGAGGCUGUUUUAUUGAAUAGUGACAUCAAAAGUGCAGGAUUUUACUUCCUAGAGCUUUUGUGCUAUAAAGUACCAAAACCAAAAGAGUAAAAAGUUAUUUGAUUGUAAGGUAUAAACUUGUUUAGCUUGUGAUGAGUUUAGAGAGUAACAUUGUCAAUGAGGAUUCAUGUAGUUGACUUAAACUUGUUAUGAAUUGAAGCGUAGUUGUUGAGUUGUAA